UAAACCGCUGUUGCACUAAAUCGGUGGAUAGGGAACGGGUGACGAAGACGGAUGCAUCAGUGUUGUCAGCGGCUCUUCAUUUGUAGAGAGACCAUAUUAUCGUUCUUUUUGUAAUAUUUUUUGUCGGUAACAGUGCUUAUUCACGUAGGUAUGAUGUGAGAAUGACCAAAAGGUCAGGUACAGACGGUUGAAAGUUUAUCUCACCAACGCUUCUCCAAGAUAUUGGCGUCGAUUUAAACGCCAGGGACGUUAACAUGGAUUGUGGGGAUGGUGCAGAGGAGCUGUCUUUGGAAGAAAUUCUUACCUUAUACAGCCAGCCGAUCAAUGAAGAACAAGCAUGGGCUGUUUGUUACCAGUGUUGCCAAACUUUAGCUCAAAAAAAUCGGAAUUCCAAAUCGACUGGCGCGUCAGUUGAGGACUGUGUGAGAAGAAUUGAAGGUCCAGGGGAUGUUCGUAUUCGGCGAGAUGGGACCGUGAAAUUGCAUUACCUAGACAGUACAGAUAAAUACAGAUCUGCCGGCACAUCAGAAGAGGUGAUUGAGUCCUUGGGCAUCAUGAUCUACAAGGCGCUGGACUACGGGCUGAAGGAGAACGAGGAACGCGAGCUCAGCCCUCCGCUGGAACAGCUCAUCGACACCAUGACCAACAUGACGGAGUCGGAGGGUGACAUCUGCCCCGACGAGGGCUACGAGGCCACCGAGGAGGAGGACGAGGGCGAGGAGAACCCCAGCGUCACCUGCAACGUCAAAGGCUUGCGGGACAUCAUCACGCUGUGUUCGUCUCACCUGCCCAGUCCAACUGAUGCACCCAGCCACUACCAGGCGGUGUGCCGUGCUCUCUAUACCGAAACCAGAGAGCUGAGGACCUUCCUGGAGAAGAUCCGAAGUGCCAAGGAGAACCUGCGUAAGAUGGAGGGCGAGACCCAUGGCGAGCCUGUCAAAGACCUGAACGAGCUGCAGAACGCAGAUUGGGCCCGGUUCUGGGUGCAGGUGAUGCGAGACUUGCGGCACGGCGUCAAACUGAAGAAGGUGCAGGAGCGGCAGUACAACCCCCUGGCCAUCGAGUACCAGUUCACGCCCUACGAGAUGCUCAUGGACGACAUCCGCUCCCAGCGCUACAAGCUGCGCAAGGUCUUGGUGAACGGAGACCUCCCUCCCAGGUUAAAGAAAAGCGCCCACGAGGUCAUCCUGGACUUUAUCCGCUCCAGGCCACCCCUCAAACCCGUGGCGUCCCGUAAACUGAAGCCCCACCCCCCGCGGCCCCGGAGCCUCCACGAGCGCCUGUUGGAGGGCAUCAAGGCAGAGAGGAAGCUGAGGCCCGUGUCACCUGACAUGAUCCGCCGCAGCCGAUUGGGCGCUGGGAAAAGCAUCAGCACCCCUCAGGACUUGUUCCGCAGCUCAGACAUGGACGCCCACGACGCCCCCAGGAAGUUGGCGGUCAGCACGCUGGCUCUGGCCAAUGGAGCGACGCCAACUCACACACCAGGAAGCAGCGGCCUGCCCAUGUCUCAGAGGAAGAGGCUGCUGAAGGCUCCGACCCUGGCCGAGCUGGACAGCUCAGACUCUGACGAGUCGUCCAGCAACCAAUCAGCGAGCAGCCCUAGCGUGUCCCCAGACUCCCUCAUCGGAAAGAAGGCCCCCCCCAGGUUCCUGCCCGUGUCCAGGUCCUUCACACCCCAGACAGACAAGCGUCCGUCCCCCCCCCGCCGGCACUCCAUCGAGGAGGAGGCCCCCACCAGCAUGCGGCCCAUCGUCGCCUCGUCCAGGCAAAGCUCCAAAUCACUGGUGGCGACCGAUGGCAAGGCUCACGGGGAGGAGUUCUGCUAUCCUGUCGAGUGCCUGACCCUCACCGUGGAGGAAGUGAUGCACAUCAGACAGGUGCUGGUGAAGGCAGAGCUGGAGAAGUUUCAGCAGUACAAAGAUGUCUACAACGCCCUGAAGAAAGGAAAGCUUUGCUUCUCCUGUCGCACCAAGAGGUUUUCCCUCUUUACCUGGUCGUACACCUGCCAAUUCUGCAAAAGGCCGGUUUGCUCUCAGUGCUGUAAAAAGAUGCGGCUGCCCUCCAAACCCUACGCCAUCCUGCCCAUCUACUCCCUCGGCCCGGGCACCCCCGCCAAGGAGGAGGCCGGCACCGCUGCGGCUUCGGCUCAGCCGGAUACUCCUUCCUCCGUAUCCGGACACCAGCGGCACAGCCUGAGGCGCAAGCUGUCCAAAGCCAACAGCAGCGACAGCGGUUCACGGGACCUGGCAGAACUCCCCAAGGAGCUGACGGAGGACUGGUGCACCAUGGAGGUGUGCGUGGACUGCAAGAAGUUCAUCUCGGAGAUCAUCUCCUCCAGCAAGCGCAGCCUGACCGUGGCCACCAAGCGGGCACGCCUCAAGCGCAAGAGCCAGUCCUUCUACGUGUCCUCCACCAACGCCAGAGACUACCGGCCCUCUGAGAGGACCAUCAACGAAGUGUGAAACCUUCGCUUGGAUGGUAGACACUACUCCGGGGGUCUCCUUAAACCUCUUUAAAGUGCUGUAUGUGACGUGGUGGCUUUUGUAGAUGGAAGGUGAGGGUCUAUCAGGUCAAGUCUGUAAGAGAACGUCUGCUGAGCGAUGAUCGUAGGAUACGUAACGGUUGUUCUGACCGACGGUGCCAGUAACUAGAGUAUUCCAAAGUAAUUCCCAAGAAUCUACUGUAAGCUGGUCAGUGGUCCACUUAACUGCAUCUCCUGUGCAGACGACUGACUUGGUUUCUUUGACGAUAUUCAAAAUGGUGGUCGUCUUUGGCAGGUUCUAAAUACCAAACCUUUCUAAAAAAGUGCCCAGUAAAAGACAUUCCUUCCCCAGUUGAGUAUGGAGGUACAACUAUAUUCCAUUUAUAUCUAUUUGAUCUGAUGUAUUUGAAUGGCUCUAGCUAUCUGAGGGGUGAGUAGGUUUCACACAUAGCUGCUGUGGUCAUGGAGAAGAAUCCAACCAGAGAAUGUAUAUUUGUAAUAGUCACAUGGAAGGAAGUGUGCUGUGUGUAAAUAGUCGAGCGAAGGAUCCCUU